AUGGGUCCCGGGGGCUCUAACCUUCCGGCAAAAAUCCGGUGCGAUCUGGGCGGAGAGUGGAAGGAUCCCUCUCAGUACUCGAAGAAACAACUGCAAAUCUACAUGACCAGUGUUCGAACUCGGAAGAAUGUCACUCCUGCCAAGUCCGGGAUCAUCUGCCGAGUUCACAAGGGAGAACCCGGUACCCAAGAACUGCGGUGCCAAGGGCCCUGCAAUGCCUGGAAGCCUCUGCUCCAUUUCAGCAAGAACUCACGUACCACCGGGCGGAAUUGGUGUACGGCCUGCAUCUCGUGGUCCGAGGCCAACGUGCCUGGCUGUACGCCUUACGUCGCACCUCUGGCGAAGCGAUCUCCCGAGGAGGAUGAGAAGCAUCCCGUUGUGCCCCAUGGCCUGGACGACGAUAUGCUAUUCGACUAUGAUGGCCAAGAUGGAAAGUCUGCGCUCGACCCAUCUGAGUCUGAUGGCCCCAGAACAAUGAACUCGAAGUUCUUCGAACAGGACGACCACGAUGCCGAAGACUUUGACGGUCCGGCUGCCAACCUUGACAACGGCCAGGACUAUAGCUUGGCUACUGAUGAGAUGGGCCGUCUCCAUUUGGGGGGUGAACAGCAAUCCAAGCUGGGUGGAUCCACCCAACAUCAAGGUGGCGAUGUGUUCCCCUCGGCCUCAGCUGGACCAGGACGUGGCCCAAUGGCUCCGCACUGGAAUAUUCCUAAGUCGGGUGAUGGUCCGCUUGGAUCCCUCGGAUCGAGCGCCGACCCUACAACUGUGAUGAUGUACACUCAUCAGCAAGCCGCCAGGCAGUUCAACGCCUAUAGUCCGGGCGGCGAGAGACGCCCUACAGCUGCCACCGGGAGGGCCGCGGUUGGCAACAGUGGCUGGGCAAAGCCGAAGAUGCGAAAGACCAAAAUCGAGCCUCCAGACUAUCUGAGACACGAAGAAUACCGACCUUGCGGCUUGAGUUGA